AUGAAGAAUUUUAGAGAUUUUGCUAAGUAAAUAGUAAAAAAUUAUACUUCAACUUUUAAUAGCCAGAAUAAUUAAAAUAUCAAAGAUAACUUACAGAAAAGAGUAAAUAAUUUCGCUGAUUUUUUGGAAAAAGAUAAAGUAGAUGAAUAGGAAUAAAAGUAGUCAUAAGAAGAUUUAUAUAAAUAAAAUAUAAGACAAUAAUAUCAAAAAAUGGAUACAGAAGAAGAUCUUAUGGAUUAAAAAAGACUUUUUGAAUAAAUGACUGGGAAAAAAAUAAAUUUAAAUGAAUAAUAGCAGUAGUAAAAAGAAGCUUAGGCCAAUAAAAAAGAAGGCUAGCCAAAUUUGGAAUCAUCAUAAAAUAUUCCAUUUAUGGUAACAAGAGCUAUGAAAAUUGAACUUUACAACUUAGGAUAUGAACUUGAGUAAAUAAAUGAAAUGACUCCUAAAGAAGCGAAUGAAAUAAUUAAAAAAAAAAAAAUCAAUCAGGAUUGA